AUGGAUUCCCUAACCCCUCUCCGUAGAUAUCUUGGCAUAAAGUAUAUAAGACUUCGUAGUUUCUCUACAAGCUGUCCACGCAAGAUGCCCACCGCGACCAGACCCCCCAAAGCUCCUAAAAUUGAAGAAUCGCCCUUUACGCACCCAUGGAGUGACGAUUUCUGGGGCCAGGCCGCGCCUAAAGGUGUAGAUGAAGACAUACUCAUUACCAUCAGUAGUGAGAUCAGAAAAAAGCCCGACUGGGUGACAAAGUUCCAGAACCCGGAGAUUGUUGCCAAGUGGAAGGACGAGCUCGAGCAGCAGGCGACCAAUUGUCUGGACUUCAAUGCAAUCUACGAGUAUGCUCUCAAGGAAUUGCAAUGGUACAAGGAACAGGAGGAGGGUGAGCUUGCGCAGAGUGGGUUCAAGUAUUCUGUGAAUGAGCAGGUCCUCUAUAGUGACACGGCCAUUUCUGAGGCCACGAAAAAUAGCUUGAAGGAACAGGAGCAGAAAUUCGAGGCCUCAAUUGAGAAGGAUUAUCACCCUAACUCUCACAAUAUGGUCGUGGACGUGGUACAUCCAUCGUUGUAUCCAAUCGUAUAUGGCAGAACUCAAGAACUCGUUAAUGGGGAAGUCCAAACAGUCGAGUACCUGGACGAAAUUAAAAAGGUGAAGAAAUUUGUUCCUGAUACCGGAGCAUCCAAAACCUUCCAGUGGCUUCCCGCAAAGAUGACCUUCGACAAAGACUCACAGAGUUUCACAUUCGUUUCCUACAUCAACAACCUUCAUCCAAUUCAAUUCGCCGAGCUCUACACCCAAAUCUCCGACGUGUUCAAUCAGAGUUUGCCAGGCUUGAAGCGUUGCUUGUCACACGCCCAAUCGGAGCCAUACACGAGAAUCGAUAUUCCAGAGGGCGAAGAGGCCUAUGAACAAGAAUUCUACGAUCUCAGGGACAAAUUAUACGAUGCCGAUGACUUGUCGGCAGAGGAAGAGUCCAAUCUUGAGGAAGAGCUCGAGAAAAAGAAGGCCUCUCUCGUGAAGAAGAUCUCUCCCGUUUGGGAGGGAGGCCCUACACUCAAGCCUUUCGAUUUUUCCUACUUCGGAAACUUGAAUGUGAUUGUCAAGCUUGCCAACAUAGAAUUAACACCUGAGAAUCCAAAGUACAAUGGCGGUUCAUGGCACGUCGAAGGUACAAUUAAUGAAGAUAUCGUUGCCACUAUAUUGUACUACUAUGAUGUCGAGAACAUUGACGACUCGAAAUUGUCAUUUAGAGAGUCAAUGGCCGAUCCACGCUAUGAACAAGGCGACGAAUUCUUCUGCCAACACUACUAUGGAUUGCUGGAUGGCGAUAUUAUGGUCAGAUCGCGCGGUUCUGAGGUUACAAAGCAAGACAGAGUUCUCAUUUUCCCUAAUGUGUUCCAGCAUCAUGUUGACGCAUUCGAGUUGGCUGAUAAAAGCAAACCUGGGCACAGAAAAAUCUUGUGUUUCUUUGUGGUGGACCCAUAUAACAAGCUUGUGAAGAGCUCGGAGACAAUACUCCCCCAACAAGAAGACUGGGCCAAUGACAGCGAGCUUAUGAAUAAAUUUUUCCCUGGAAUCAAUGGCCAAAGUACCAUGACUCGUGCAGAAGCCUUGGAGUACAGGGAGAAAUUAAUGGCUGAGAGAAGUGCAGCGGUCGCCGCCGAGUUAGAAGAUGACUUUUCAGCCUUCCACAGAACUUUCUCUCUUUGUGAACAUUGA